AUGGCGAUCAGGAAUGUCGCGAUCAGAGUCUUCUUCCUCUUGUUGGUGGUGAGCGCGGCGUUCGCCAAAGACAAGGAGGAGAAGAAGGAUGAGAAGAAGGAUGAGAAGACGGAGGGCGCAGCGUCCGAGGCUGACGGGACCUACGACAUCACCAAGCUCGGCGCCAAAGACGAUGGCAAGACAGACUGCACCAAGGAGGUGGAGGAGGCAUGGGCUUCGGCAUGCGGUGGCACCGGGAAACAGACGAUCGUCAUCCCAAAGGGGGAUUUCCUGACUGGACCUCUGAAUUUCACCGGACCAUGUAAGGGGGACAGCGUGACCAUCAAGCUAGAGGGCAACCUUCUGGCCUCCAACGACCUGGCCAAGUACAAGUCUAACUGGAUCGAGAUCAUGCGCGUCAAGAACCUCGCCAUCACGGGCAAAGGCACGCUCGACGGCCAGGGCAAGGCCGUCUGGACCAAGAACAGCUGCGCCAAGAGCUACGACUGCAAGAUCCUGCCCAACUCACUGGUGCUGGACUUCUGUGACGACGCGCUCAUCGAAGGCAUCACCAUCCUCAACUCCAAGUUCUUCCACCUCAACAUCUACGAGUGCAAGGGCGUGACUGUCAAGGACGUGACCGUCACCGCGCCUGGGGACAGCCCCAACACCGACGGCAUCCACAUGGGCGACUCCUCCAAGGUCACAAUCAUCGACACCAAGAUCGGCGUCGGCGACGACUGCAUCUCCAUCGGCCCCGGCAGCAAGGAGGUCAACAUCAGCGGCGUCACCUGCGGCCCAGGCCACGGCAUCAGCGUGGGCAGCCUCGGACGGUACAAGGACGAGAAGGACGUGACAGACGUCACCGUGAAGAACUGCGUGCUCAAGGGCUCCACCAACGGCCUCCGGAUCAAGUCGUACGAAGACGCCAAGUCGCCGGUCGUAGCGUCCAACUUCCACUACGAGAACGUUCAGAUGGACGACGUCGGCUACCCCAUCAUCAUCGACCAGAAGUACUGCCCCAACAAGAUCUGCACCUCCAAGGGAGACUCCGCCAGGGUCACCGUCAAGGACGUCACCUUCACCAACAUCACCGGUACCUCCUCCACCCCCGAGGCCGUCAGCCUGCUUUGCUCCGACAAGAAGCCGUGUGAAGGUGUCACCAUGAACGACGUCAAGAUUGAGUACACCGGCAAGAACAACAAGACCAUGGCUGUUUGCACCAACGCCAAGGUCACCGCUAAGGGUGUCGACAAGGCUAACAGCUGUGACAAGUGA